AUGACCACAGAGGUGCAGAUGGGCACGCCUCUGGCAGAGGCCAUCCAGAGCGUCGUCCAGCCCAAGCUCGCCGAGGUUGGUUGGUCAACUGGAGGCUCUGACGACACCGCCCUGUCGGAAUACAUCAUCCUCAUGCUGGUGAACGGCAAGACCCAGGAACAGAUUGCGUCCGAGCUCGCCAGCGACCUUCUGAGCCUGUCCCCCGACGACCCUGCGCCGAGGGACUUUUCGCGAUGGCUUUUCGAGCAGGUCGACACGCUGAACGCCCAAAUCAAUGGCGUUGGAUCCGCGCAAGGCGCCGGCCAGGCUCUACCAGCGCAAGCGGCAGACCUCCAAGGAUCGACGGAAAUGAUGGGCAUGGAUGCUGAAAUGGGCGAUGCUUCCCAGUCCUCAAUACCCACCGGCCCCAAGGCCAUGCGCAACGGCGGACAUCCGAAUAACCGCGAGAAGCGCAUGCUCGGCCACCUCAACAAGGCCAUGGAUCGCUCGAGUGAUGCCCCUCUACACCGUGUAAGAGGUGGUGGAGGCGUCGGCCGUGUCAACGCGCACGGUGGCCGUGAACCGCCCAAGGGACCCCGGCACCAGCAGAACCGUAGCAUGGCCAUCAUGAACGGCCUGAACGGCAUGCAGCAGCACAACGGAAUGGGCAUGCCGGGUGCUGGCAACAUGGGCAUGCCAGGAAACCCGAACCAGAUGAUGGACGCCUUCAAGAUGUACGAGAACAUGUCGGCACAGAUGGCCCAGAUGAGCCAGAUGCUCGCGUCGGCAGGAUAUUCCCAGCCCCAACAACCCUUCAUCAACCCGGCCUUCCAGAAGAACCAGCGCGGCAAUGGAAAGUCGCUGUUCGACCGCGUGGACAACUCGGGACGCAGGAAUAACCGGCCCCAGCAGAGCAAGAGACAACAACCGCACGACAUGGAGAUGGGUGACGGCGAUCAAUCGGCUGCGAAUGGCGAAGGAGCCGAUUCCAUGGACGUGGAGAACAAGUCCGAGGCCAAGGCGCCGUGGGACACGAUGUGCAAGUUCAACACCUACUGCAAGAACCCGGAAUGCCCCUUCGCGCACCAAACGCCAGCCGGCAACCCUGGAAUCACCGUGGACCUCAGCGACGAGUGCUCCUACGACGUCAGCUGCAAGAACCACAAGUGCACAGCGAAGCACCACUCUCCAGCGAAGAAGACGGCUUUCCAGUCGGAGGUGCCAUGCCGUUUCGGCGUCAACUGCAAGAACCCCCACUGCGCGUUCCAGCACCCGCCGCCUCCUUGCCGUUUCGGUGACAACUGCAAGAACCCGGAGUGCAAGUUCACCCACCUGGAGACCAAGUGCAAGUUCAACCCGUGCAAGAACCCUCACUGCCCUUACAAGCACGAAGAGGGCCAGAGGGCAGCCAACGGAUCCGGCAAGGAGCACGUUAGCGAGAGGAAAUUCGUCGACGAGAAUCUGGAGGAGGAGCUCAUCCUCCCUGGGAAGUCGGAGGAAAUGGGCGAAGCGCAAGAGACUCAGAGCCAGGAUGUUGAUGUUGUGACGUAA